AUGGCCUCGACAAAGGUGUUUUCACUCGAGGGGAAGGGGCUGAAGCUCGACACGGCAGCCGACCUGGAGCCACACAUUGCGGCGCUGCGGGAAAUGGACGACGUAGAGGAAGUGCGGCUGCUGGGCAACACGUUUGGCGUGGGCGCGUGCCAGCUGCUGGGUGAGGUGCUGUCGACGAAGAAGCUGCUGCGGUCGGCCAAUCUGGCGGACAUGUUCACGGGGCGGCUGUUGAGCGAGAUUCCAGACGCGCUGUCGUCGCUGCUGACGUCGAUCCUGAACCUGCCGAAGCUGACGACGAUCAACCUGAACGACAACGCGUUCGGACUCAACACACAGGCGCCGCUGGUGGCGUUUCUGGCAGCCCACGUGCCGCUGCAGCACCUGUACCUGAACAACAACGGGCUGGGACCACACGCGGGCAUCCUGGUGGCGGACGCGCUGAGCGAGCUGCACGCAAAGAAGGAGGCGGCGCGGAAAGCGGGCACGGCGACGGAGGUGCCGGAUCUCGAGACGGUGAUCUGCGGGCGCAACCGGCUGGAGAACGGCAGCAUGACGGCGUGGGCACGGACCUUCCGGCUGCACAACCACGUCAAGGAGAUCAAGAUGGUGCAGAACGGGAUCCGGCAGGAGGGCAUCAGCCACCUGCUGAGCGAGGGCCUGCAGGACGCGACCGGGCUGCGCGUGCUAGACCUGCAGGACAACACGUUCACGCUGGCGGGCGCGCGGGCGCUGGCCGGUGUGGUGCCGCGCUGGACGGCCAUCGAGGAGCUGGGCGUGGGUGACUCGCUGCUGAGCGCAAAGGGCGGCGUGCUCUUGGCCGAGGCGCUGGCCCAGGGCCAGAACAAGAAGCUGCAGGUGCUGCGACUGCAGUACAACGACAUCACAGCGCCAGGGCUCAAGGCGCUGGCCCGGGCCGUCGACACGGCGCUGCCGCUGCUGCAAAAGCUCGAGGUCAACGGCAACAAGUUCUCCGAGGACGACGAGGCUGUCGUGGUGCUGCAGGAGCUGUUCGAGGCGCGCAAGGAGGCGCUGGCCGGCGACGUCGUCGACGAGGAUGCUUGGGGCCUUGACAGCCUGAGCGACCUCGAAGACGACUCGGACGAGGAAGACGAGGAGGGGGAAGAGUCGGACGACGAAAACGAGGACGAAAUCACCACGGAAGAGCGCGCGGAGAAGCUCAUCAAGGAGGCCGAGGAGGCACAGGAAGAACCGGUCAUCCAGGAAAAGGACAAGGAGGUCGACGACCUGGCCAAGGCGUUGGAGAAGACGGCCAUCUAG